AUGUCAUCGGCUGUCAACGAUCUGAAGAAGCAGCAGGACCAGCUCCAAGGUACGUCGAGUACAUCGGGAUACCUAUGGAGGGCACUUCCCAUGGCUGCUGCGACCGCCGCAGCGGGAUACUACUACGUUACUGGUAUGCAGAAGAUCUCCAUGGUUGACAACGAGCUGCCCAAAAAGGCACCUCCAAGGAAGCCUCCGACUAACAAGCCCCCAACAGCAACAAAGGCACCGCCAGCAGAGAAAGCUCCUCCAGCGAAAGCUCCACCAGCGAAAGCUCCAGCCAAACCAGCGGCUCCCAAUGUCGACUCUCCAGCUAAGAGCGCUCCUCCUGCGAAGAAACCACCAGGCGCUGCCACUCCCCAGAAGCCAGCUUCUACACCCACGAAAGCACCCGCGAAGCCAACGCCUCAGAAGCCGGCUACGCCUGCGGCAGGAGGGACUCCACUGAAGAAGCCAGUUCCCAGCAAGCCAGCUAGCAGUGGAGGACCUACACCGGCGAAGACGCCCGCGAAAAAACCUAUCCCAGCCCAGCCACAGAAGGCCGUAGGACAAGCGACUGGAGGAGCAAAGGCACCCGCCUCCCCAGCGAGCGGUACUUCGACUCCUCUGAAGAAAAAGCCUCCGCCCCCAGCAGUCAGACCACAGAACAAGAAACCAGCGCCAACAGGCGCACUAGAUGAUGCCGCUGAAACAGGUGGAGACACCGCACAAAAGGCCACAGGAAAGGCUACCGGCGCCGCGCAGAAGGGGCUGGGAACGGGUGUGAACGCCGCGAACAAGACCGUCGAUGGCGCCGGCGGCGCAGUCAACAAGGGCGUGGGCGCUGCUACAGGUUCCCUCGACAAAGCCUCCGGGGGACGCACAGCCCCCGCUACGAAGAAGGUCAACCAGGUCGGACAGGGCGCUACGUCGGCUGUCUCGGGCGCUACGAAGAAUGUGGGCGCGACGGCGCAGGGUGCGGGCAAGAAUAUCUCGAAUACCGCUGGGGGUGCGAUGGGAGAUCUUGCGCAGACGGGCAAGGAUACGGCGAGUGCAGUGCAGAGGAGGGAUAUUAAGGGCGUGGGGACGGGUGUUGCGAAGGGUGUUGGACGGACUGUCGGUGGUGUAGGCCAAGGGGCUGGCUCUACCGUCUCCGGCGUAGGCAAAGGCGUCGAAGGCACCAUCGGCGGAGCAGGCAAAACCCUCGGCGGCACAGUCGGCGGCCCAGUCGGCAACACGGUCAGCGACACAACCGGCAACGUAGGCAAAACCGUCUCAGGCGCGACCUCCGGCCUAGGAAAAACCGUCGGCGACACCUCCUCCGCCAUAGGAAAAGGCGACAUCAGCGGCGUCGCCUCCGGGGCCACAGGCGGCGUAGGCCAAACCGUCGACGGAGUCGGCAAGGGAGCUGGCGACUCAAUCGAAGGCGUCGGCAAGAACGUCGGCGGAUACAUCCCCGGCCGCGCAGGCGGAGCCGUCGAGGGCGUGACCAAAGGCGUGGGCGAUACCGUCUCGGGCGUCACGGGCGGUGUCGGCGAGGGCGUGGGAAAACUCGGCAAGGGAGAUGUUAUUGGUGGCGUCGGAUCCACAGUCGGCGGCGUAGGCAAAGGCGUCGGCGGGUUGGCCUCGGGCGUGUGGGGCGGGAUCUCGGGCAAGAAUCGCAAGCCCAAGGAGGAGCAGGUCGAGGAGGCUGGGGAGGAGGCGAAGGAGGGCGCGGAGGAGGCUGCUGGGGAGGCUGCUGGGGAGGAGAAGAAGGGGGGCACGUUUUUCUGA